AUGGCAUUAUGGAGUUGGAUUCAAGCUGUUAUCGGAACAAGAGAUUUCCACUAUUUGAUUGGAUACCUUUGGCGUUCUCUCAUCGCCACUGAAUCCCCAGUUGAGUUACAUUUUGACGAGAUCCGGGACCGAUUGAAUGAUCGCAGUCUCAUUUAUCUGGAUGUCCGUAACAGAAUUGAAUUGCUUGUUGAUGGGAAAGUAGCCGGCAGUGUUAAUAUUCCGGAAACUGAAUUAGAAGGCGCAUUCGAUAGAAAUGAUCGCGAGUUUUUCGCUCUAUACGGAUUCUGCAAACCAACCAAAGGAGCUGAAAAUAUUGUGGUUGCUUGCCAUUCUGGGAGACGGGCCAUUACCGCUGUAGAAAAACUUUUAAGAUUAGGAUAUGGUUCUAUCAAGAUUUACAAAGGAAGUUUCCUGGACUGGAAGGCCAGAGGUGGUUUCAUUGUAAAACAGUACUAA